CGCGGGCACGGUCGAGCGACCGUCGCGUCGCGGAGUGAUCGCGCGGGACGCAGUGGAGCGGACGAGAGGAGAGCAGACGACUCGCGACCACGGACGACGACGCGAUGCAGCGACCGUCGAUGAGGCGGAACGAAUCGCUGCAAGACCUCAGCGCGGUCGCGAAGCACUUCCCGGUGUACCUCGAACGCAGGGUCGCCACGGAGUCGUUCCGGCACGAGGCGUUCCAGUACGCGCUGUGGCUCCCCCUCGCCGGUGUCGCGAAGUACUUCGGAUGCCACAGGACCGCGUACACGUUCCUGACGUGGUUCAUCUUGGGCGAGCUCUUGCUAAUCUACAUGCACCAGAAGGUGGUCAAGUUCGUCCGGUGGUGGAUGGUCCUCACCUUCGUCGCCGGCGCCGCGGCGUUGUUCCACGGGCAGUUAAACUUGUCCGAGAACGCGUACUGGCAGUUUCUGGUGUGGUACGUCAUCGCGGGCAUCGUGGGGUUCGCCGUCGUCCUGCCGUUCGUGCCGCGGCGAUUCCUCCAGGGCGCGCCGGGGGUGUUGUUCGAGCUCGGGUUGAUACGUCGAGGGUUCGCGGGGUCGACGGGAUCGACGGGUGGGGCGGCCGGGGCCGGGGCCGGGGACGGGGACGGGGACGGAGCAGGGGGCGGGGGUGGGGAUAAGAAGCGAGAGUAGAGCAGACGCGACGCGAUCGAUCGGCCGCCGGUCGUGGAGGUCCGCGAGCGCGAGUUGAACAGAGUUUGUCGCCACGCUUGCGACGUGUCC